AUGACUUCUCACCCCUCAUCUCAAAUAAUCAUACGAACCCAUCGACCAGGAGACAUGGGUCUUAUAACUUACCAACAUGGCAUCCUCUACUCUAAAGAAUACGGAUUUGAUCAACGUUUCGAAGCAUUGAUCGCUAGAAUUACGGCAGACUUUAUCGACAACUUGCAACCAAACUUGGAACGAUGCUGGAUUGCCGAAAAAGAUGACGAGUUUCUUGGAUGCAUCAUGUUGGUUCACGACAAGCAACCAGGUGUUGCCAAACUCCGACUUUUGCUGGUGGAAGAAAAGGCUAGAGGCCUGGGUGUGGGGAGUAGCUUAAUACAGCAGUGUAUUACUUUUGCCAAAGAGGCUGGGUACACACGUAUUAAUCUCUGGACGCAGAGCAUGCUGGAGGGCGCUCGUCGAUUGUAUUCGAAGGCAGGAUUCAAUCUUAUUGAGAAGGAAGACCACGAUUCAUGGGGUGUAAAGAUGACGGGAGAGAUGUGGCAAAUGGACCUAACAAAUUGA